AUGAAUGAAAAGGGAAAUUUUAUGAAAAAAGCAUAUAAAAAUAAUAACAUACAAUUAAGUGAAAAUCAAAUAAAUCAGAGGAUAAAAAAUGUAAAUUUAACGAAGCGUUUAAUAUGUUAUGAGAGAUAUUUAAAAGCAAUACCAAAAAUUGAAAGGAGAAAUGAUUUAAAAAAUAGCUGGCAUCCUGAAACCCCUCGAUAUAAUAAACAAAUAAGUUUAUCCCAGUGGAAUAAGGAGUUAAAAAAAUGGAGAAAACAAAUACAUGCAUGGGGAAAUAUAUCAGAAGAAGAUCAUAGGUAUAUUUGUAAAUUAUCUUAUACUGAUAAAUAUAAAUAUUUAUGUAAUUUAAAAAUGCCUGAAUUAAGUAAUCUAGAAAUUAAAAAUAUGAAAAAAGAGAAUGAAGAAAUAUCACACGACAUAUUAAAACAUAUUUUAUUAAUUCAAAAUAAACAUAAUAAUCCCUUUGAUGAAAAUGAUAAAAUAAUGUAUCAACCUAUAUUUUUUCUGCCCGAAAAUUUUAGCGGUACUGUUGUACAUAAUGAAUUUGUUAUAAUAAAAGAACAAAACAUGGAAAAAUAUUUAACCUUACUUAAAGAUAAAUACAAAGAUAAAUAUAAUUAUUGCUUUAAAAAAUAUUAUGAAUUAUAUCUUCUAAACAAGGACAGUGAUAACAAAAAUGUUGAGAAUUCCAAAAAUACUAUUCCAAAAAAUGGAAAAAAUCAUAUUGUUAUAUAUUUAGGAAAGGAAACAAAACCUUUAAAUUAUAAAAAUAAAGAAGCUCAAUAUGAACAAAAAGAAAAAAUGGAAGCCUAUAACUUUUUAUGUGGUUCUACGAAGAAAUAUGAAAAUCAUAAUAAAAUGAAUAAAAGGAAGAAAUUUUAA